AUGCCUCCAAAAACACAACCUCCAUAAAAAACCACCUAAAAACCCUCAUUAUAACCACCUGCAUAAAAGCCCGCAGUAUAACCACCUGCAUAAAAGCCCGCAAUAUAACCACCUGCAUAAAAGCCCGCAGUAUAACCGCCUGCAUAAAAGCCCGCAGUAUAACCACCUGCAUAAAAACCAGCAGUAUAAACACCUGCAUAAAAACCAGCAGCAUAAACAGUCGUUUAAAAGUCAAAUUAACCUGUUCCAGUAUAGAAAGGUCCUUAAGUAGCAUAAAAAGCAGUGUAUAAUAUAUAGAAACAAGGAAUAAAUUAAAAACCUGGUGCUUAACAAGUCCAAAAAUCGGGAAUAAUUUAAAAUAAUUAAAUAUAAGAUGAAAAGAAGAAAAAGGAAGAAGAAGAAAGAAAAUAAAAAGAAGAAUUUGAAAUAAAAUAAAAAGAGCUAGAAGAAGAACGUAUAAAAAAAGAAGAAGAAUAAAAAAGGCAAGAAUUAGAAAAAAAGCAAAUAGAAGAUUAAAUAAUAUAAAAACAAGAAGAAGAAGAAAAACUUAAAAAAAAAUAAAAAGAAGAAUAAGAAAAUCAAGAAAAAGAAUUCCUAAAAGCUAAAGAAGAAGAAGAAAAAAAAUAAAAAGAAGAAUUCGAAAAACGAAAAAACGGAAAAAUAAACAUCAAAACAAACACUGGUGGUCCCACAUCUAAAGUUGAAUUUUUAAUAAAAGACGGAAAAGUUAACUAUGCAUUAGUAGAUGAUGAGCUUGCAUUAGAAUAUGCAUAUGAAAAAGGCUAUUAAUUCUAUUUAACAGCUGAAAAAGAUGGAAAACCUGAUGAAUCUAUUUAAUUUUUUAGUCAAGGGUCUGGUAAAGGUAAAGUAUUUGAAAAUUUGCAGACAGGAAAUAUUUAUUGGUGUGUUGUUUUGAAAAAUGAUGAGGCAGAAGCUAAAAGAAAAGUGUAUAAAGCUGAUUUUAGUGCAUUAGGAAAUAAAAAUGAAAAAUAAAGAACAGAAGGAUGUAGUUGUUUAUAUGGAAAUCCAUGUGUAGAUUAAUAUGUUUGUUAAGAUUGGAAUAAUAGAUUUAUGGUCGCGAAAAAUAAUUUAAAUAAAAAAUGAACAAAAUAUUAUUAAAUAUAUAUAUAAAUAUAUAAAAGUAUUAUAUAUAUAAAAGUAUUAUAUAGUAAUAUUAUUAUAUAU